UUGAUAAAGAUGAUGGUGAGACAGGCAAAGAAACCCAAGGGGAAAUUUCGAAUGAUGGAGGAUACAAAAAGAAGAUUUGUUGACAAGUGCUGUACUGGAUUACAUUCUGUGGAAGUAGGGCGUGAAACGGAGAUAUGAAGGACGGGGCAGCCUUGGACAGGUGGGAGCCUCACGCAGGACUGAGACACACCACGCGCGCAGCCGGGAGAACACGAAUUCACUGAAAUCCUCAAGGAAUCAUUCCUUCUGGGGUGCACAUGCCUGAGAAAUAGGGACAGUGGUGUUCUUCACGUGUUCACUCAACCACACACAUCGUCUAGAACACACACGCUAAAAAAUGGGGCACUUUGGGGCACUCUCCCAUGCAGCAAACUCAGAGGAGAGGAAUCAAAUGUGCUCGUUCACAAGUGCGUGCGGGAAUGUGUGUCACCAGCCAUAUUGUCCUACUUGGUAAACCCAGAAACAUUCAGACAGUCAGACCUCUGACAAGAAAGGAAGGAAAAGCAUCAGACAGCCUGUUCAGGACAGCUCUCCAAUGAACACCAUGCCCCCUUCAGCAGCCCCCUCACACACACACACACACACACACAUUGUCAACUUGUAUUUAACGUGCACCUGCACAUUAUCUGAGUUCCUUAACCCCCGUCCCUGCCCCACUUAAAAGGUAUAUAAGCACUCCUACACUGAGAUAACAAUACUGAUAGAGAAGAGACAAAGCCGAGAGACAAUCGCCAGAAGAGCUCCAAACUCAAGCCAAACACCAAGAUGCCCGCCACUACCAGAUGUAUGACAUCUGACACCAUGAAGUCAGAAAUGACUCCUGUCUAUGAUUCCAAUGUACCUGAGCCGUCCUGCAGAGCAGAUCUCCUGAAAUACUGGAUCAACCUCUCCCUGAAUGACAACACUGCCAAUAAGACGCUUUGGAUCUCAGAUGGCGGGACCGAGGUGUCUCGCAUGACUGAUAGCAUCUUGUGCCCGGUUCUGGACAGACCAGAGAGAUAUGAACACGCCCCACAAGUGCUUUGCAAGGAGGGCAUCAUGGGCUACAGGGCUUACUGGGAGGUGGAGUAUGCAGGAUGGGUGGUCGUCGGAGCCACCUACGAAGGAGCAGGCAGGAGGAACACCGACGGGCCCAGUGGCCUUGGAGAAAAUGAGAAGUCCUGGGGCUUGGGCUGGGCUGGGAAAUGCUACCAUGCCUGGCACAAAGGCCUUAAUGUUAAGAUUGUAAAUAACCCUCAGUCUUCUGUCAUAGGGGUGUACCUAGACCAGCCAGCUGGCGUUAUGAGUUUCUAUGCAGUGCGGGAAGGGAAGGAGGGUGAGGAGAGCGCAGAGCGGAAAGAGGUCACGCUGCUUCACAGAGUCAAGUGUUCCUUCAAAGAUAAGAUGCUUCCGGGGGUGUGGUUGGGGACGCACUCCUCCUGCUCGAUAGUGAAAAAAGACACAUCAUCUUAACGGAAGGUGUUCCAAUACUGUACGUUUGAUGUGAGCAAUUGGAUUUACAUCCAAGUACAUCCAAUUACAUCCAGUACCCAGACAAAAGGAGAUUCAGAAUCUGUCCCACUCAGAAGCUUUCACUGCCCUUCUGUUUUAAGAAACAGCAGCUAUUUUAGAGGGAAACGGAUGUUAGUUGACAACUUCUGUAUUAGUAAUUGUUAUGUAAUGUAGUAAUAUAGAAUCUGUCUUUUCUUGGACAGAGAAAUGUGCAGGAUGACUAACAAACCACUCUUAAUGUUACUAUUUAUCAUUGUUAUGAUUAUGUAUUUAUAUGACUAUUGUAUUGUAAAGGGGGUAUACUAGCAAAGAAUGAAAAAAGAAUGAAUUGAAAGUUGACUUGGAUUCAUGUUGAAUAUGUAUGAAUAUAAUAAAUAAAUAGUCAUGUAUGUAUAUUUUCCUAAGAUUUCUUGGCUUGUGCUGAAACAGAAAACCAGGAAAUGAUUGAACUUUACACUGUUAUGUUUCUUUUCAUUCAUUUUAAAAUAACAUUUUAUGAUCAGGAAUUAAGAACCUAGGUACACACAUUCAACAAAAAAUGUGACAGUGGUGUCCUGUUUAUGUGGAGAGGCAAGACCAAAGUACUGUACACAGGAACAUACAGGGGACUUGUUUGUCCAAGUACCAUAAAACCAAUUCCACAGGUCUAGGGAAUGGUCAACAUGUAUCUUUUGGUUGGCUGGGUUGCCCAUUCAUCUCUCUAAAUCCUUUAGGCACCUUCAUUCUGUUGUCAUACCACUGUCUAUACUUUCCAAUAUGACUCAAACGCAAAAGGAUUGUGUUUAUGUGAGGAUUUGAUAAAGAUAUUGACAAAGCUGCUGUCCAAGGCAAAGCCUGUUCCUCACUCCUGUCACACUGUGCUGAAUCUCUUGGUAGUAGAGAUCUCUGUUCUCUCAUCCAUCAUCUUCUCACCAACCUUUCUCUCGUUUCAUCUGUCUCACCCAGGUUUCCGUGGAGAUCAGCUUUUACACAGCUUACAAACGUUCAUGGAGUUGUUUGAAUGAAAGAAGCAUGCCGUAUUGGUACAUGCGACUGGCUUUCAUCUGGAUGAUUUGAAUCUGUUUGAAUCAAUCAUUUGAUACCUACUGCAAAGCUUCAGCAUAUUAUUUUCCACUUGCUAAAUUCAUACAGUACAUGUUUGUUAUGUUGGAAAAUUGUGGUCGUGAAGUCUUAGACAAGAAUAUUCAUGCGGUGGCCUCUCUGGUAUUUGACAGGGUAAACUGAACUGCGUUAGCCUGUCAGCAAGUGGGCUACCAUAGUUUCCUUCAGACCCGUUUUGCUGUAUGUCACAUGCAGAGAUCUAUAUAGGGAAUCUCAGUUUUCCUAUGGAAGUGCAGGUUGGAGCUAGUGACACCACUUCCUGGAAUCUUACAUGCCAUGAAUGUUGAUGUCCAAAGCUUCAUCUUCAAAAGUAAAUGUCCAACAUUAUGCACACCCCGCCCCCCACACCCCCCAACAUCAUUGACAUUGAUUGACCUUGUUCUCCCCGUCCGGUGGUCAGCAUUGAGGAAUGGCUUUUCGGAGGCAUUGUCUAGAUGGAUUGUUUCUCAUGAUAAUGCUUUGAGACAAACUUUGCUUAAUAAACUGUACAUUUGCCUUUA